GUGCGGAUGCUCCCGGAAGCAUCCGAGCGCAGAGGUCGGUGCCAAAUGUAGAUAAAAGUGAUUGAAAUGGCGUCAGGAUCGGUACGUGGCGGAGCUCUGUGCACCGUGUCUCUCCUCAACUUCGCCUUUGUUUUCAUCACCGGCUCAGACUUUAUUCGAUUCGUUUCAUUUAGAGCGAUUUAUCACAACAUCACCGGCGAAACGACUCUGUGCCAAGACUCUGUUGGGUGGUCUGCUGCCCUAUGUGACCCCUGGGUGCUGGGCUCUGUGCUGUGGGACCUGGGUCUGGUGGCUGUGUUCAUUGUGCAGCACAGUGUUUUGGCCUGGGCUCCAGUCAAACAGGUCUGUGAGAGGAGCCUGGGGGCAUUAAACAGGACCAUCUACUGUCUGAGCACCGCCCUCGCCCUCCAGGUGCUGAUGCGUUGCUGGCAGCCAGUCAAUGGUGCCCCCUGUUUGUGGUCGGUUAGAACUGCCCCAUGGAGUGUUUGGUUUCCUCUGAUCUGUUUCUCUCUGCACUUCGUCUGCUGGGCCCUGAUCUGCAGCAUCCUUAUGAUCUAUGACUACUCCGAACUCAUGGGCAUCAAACAGGUGUAUUAUAAAUGUUUGGGGCUGGGGGACCCUGUUGCUGAUAAACCAUACGGCGCUCAGAGGUUACUGUCCCACCUGCGUCACCCUGUGUGUUUGGAGCUCCUGGUGAUCCUUUGGGUGCUGCCGGCUCUGUCACUGGACCGGCUCGUCCUGGCGGGGGCACUGUCUUCAUAUCUGCUCCUGGGACACUCUCUGGACAAACAGGACCUGGCCUACCUUUGGGUUCACUUCAAAACCAGGUUCCUCUCUCAACAGGGCAAAAAAGAAGAGGGAACAGAACUGAGCCAGUAAAAUAAGUAUUAGAGAUAGAGUCAAUGUACUACUGAUAUAUGGAUUUAUCAGUUUUCAUCAUCAGUGAAUUAUUUUGCAAAAAUUCAGCUGCCCCGCCCAUACUAAGACUCAUGCCCGGCUAGCUCAGUCGGUAGAGCAUGAGACUCUUAAUCUCAGGGUCGUGGGUUCGAGCCCCACGUUGGGCGCACAGCUUUUGACCAACACAUUCUAGAAAUAAACAGACAUUAUAAUGCAUUAUCCAUCAAAUGCAUCUUAUAACACUGCAAUAAAGUAAUUAUUAAUAACUGGUAAUGUAAGACUUUGUGUAAUUGUCCCCUUUGUAGUUCUGCUUUUUGUUUUCUUUUGGAGUGUCCGCCAACUGCUUGUCUCCAUGGGGCCGUUAUUGUUUUGCCUGGAAUGUUCCACAGUAAAGCAUUAAAGGGACAGUCUGGAAUUUUGGACAUAAGACCACAUUUCCUAGUGAGCCAGAGUGUUGGAGUUGUGUGGAGACACUUUUAAAAAUAUUCCUUCCAGUCCUUGUAUUUGCAGAGGUCACUGGUGCUAGGCUAUUGCAUGUCAAUGGCCAUAGUUAUCCUGCCACUAAAAACACUUACCCACUCCACAAAGAACCCGAAGCAAAUCUAUUAUUACACCAGACUGUUAAUGUGAAUGUCUGUGUCGAUAGAAUAAUUUUAAAAUUAAAACCAACCUUGCAUAUGAAGGAUUUAUGUCUGAGCAGCAGCAGCAAGUUGCUUACUUAUGGCGGACUGAUAUCACCUAGUACCAAUGUUACCAGUAAAAUAAAAUUCCGCUGCUGCUGAGAAAAUAGUCCCUGAACUUGCGACGAUUCAUGCAAUGCAAGGUUAGUUUUAUUUCAAACAUUAUUCUAUCAACACAGACAUUC